AACAUUUUCAAAAUAUUUUUCAAAAUAUGGGGAAAAGCAAAAUAAUCAAAACUAAAGAUAAUGUUAAAUUUUUUAUGGCAACACUAGAUGAAAUUGUUAAUCUUAACUGUUUGCCAACUGGUUAUCAUACAGCUCAUUUACCAUUACCAGAUAGUUGUGAUCUUCCUAUUAGAUAUUUAACUGGUAAAAUAUAUAUUUGUGGGCAUUCUUAUCAUGAUAAAUGUUAUAAUAUUUACAAAGCUUGUAAAUAUUGUUUAGAAUAUUAUAAAAAAGGAAUUACUAAACAAGCUAAAGCAUUUAAAAAAGGAUUAGAAAAAUUGAUGAUAAAAAGAAUAUUUUAG